AUGGAUGGAAAUUUGAUAGUAACAAAAAAAAGAUUGCAAAAACAGUGCAUGGCUGAUGGAUGUGGAUUUUUGGGUUGCACCAACCAUCACAUGAAAUAUCACAUGCUGACGAAGCAUGGAAUUGGGGAAAAGCUCAAAUGUCCAACAUGUGAGUACACUUGUGCCAAUCGAUCGAUGCUCAACAGCCAUUUAAAAAAACAUUCGGUGGACAAACCUUUCCUGUGUGAGACCUGUGGCAGCUCGUAUAAAUUUGCGAAAAAUCCUGGAAAACCGUCGAAAAAAAAUUGUGAGAUCAAGAUCGAGAAAGAUGUGACUGUCUGUGAUACUAGUGCACAAAAUGGAGAAUGUUCUUCUAAUUUUUAA